AGCAGAAACUACGCCGGUGAGAACAGCAACCUGGGUCUAUCCUGCAAGUUUGUCCCUCGGUCUGGUGAAGGAAUACACACUCAUCUUCCACAUCAUCCUCUACAUCUGCACUGAGGUCACCAUGUUCAUCAGUGAAGAGCUCGAGUGUGUUGUCUGCUGCUACGAGUACUCCCGCGGUGAGCGGGUCCCACGGGUCCUCCACUGCAACCACACUUUCUGUGCGCCCUGCCUGGAGCAACUGUCCAAGCUGGAGGGAGUUAUCCGCACAGUCUCCUGCCCUCUGUGCCGCUGGAUUACUUGCACACGGGCCAGCCUCACCCUGCCCGGGUCCCUGUGGGUCAACACGGAGAUCUGGGACCAGAUUGCAGAAGAUCACCCGCGGAGGAAGGAUGAAUCAGUGGAGCAUUUGAAUGACACACAGACCCAGCUCACCAAGCCAAAGCUCUCUGAUUCAACGCCGUCUGGCUUCAAGUUCACACUCAAAAAGAUGUUCAGCUGUUUUCUGCUGCAAGGACAAACAAUGGAGAGCUGCUGACACUUUAAACAGCCGAAGAAGUUUCACUUACAGCUCCCUUUCUCGUCAUGUGUAACUUGACGGACCUGCAGCGAGUCUGCAGUGUAGGACUAUAAGUGUGUUUUGCAUGAGCAAAGCAGCACGCAACAGAGCAGAGGUCUCAGGAGGCCUGUGAGGAGCCAAGACCGGGACAGCUUCAGGUUUUGUGUGAGGUGUUUAAAGUACUGUGUUUUUGUGAUGCACUUGAAAAGAAAAAUUUGCACUGCCUCUAAGUCAGCAGGUUCUCUGUGAAUUUGUAGUAAAAUACUGCUGUGUAGUUUGUUUUACUCUAACUGUGAAAUAUCAGAGAAUCUAUUUUUAAACUUAGUUUUUUACAAAGCUGAAGUGUGAAGAACUCGAUCUGAUGUAAAGAAUUUCAUUCAGUGGAAUAGGGGAUACUGUGAUUUGUAAAAUAUUACAUAAUACAUUGUAAAUUAUUCUCAAAUUAUUUAUAUAUGUAUAGUGUUUUGUUAACUAUAUUACAUUUUUCCCCCACAUGCAUUUUGGUACAACUGUAAAAAAAAAAAAAUCAAGUGUCAUUAACAUGACAGAUUCAUAUCCUCAAAAUGACUAUGAAUUAACUAUGAUUUAUUUAUAUAAUUUAAAUGAAAUCAUAACUAUUGAGUGUUUAAUGUCCAUGUUGAGUCAGUUAAUAAACAUCAUCUGUGAACAAAUUGUUACUAUUUGGACCAUGAAGAAUAAUGUCGUAGCAGCCAGAUAUG